AUGGCGAAGAUGGUGGGCCUGGUCGUGGGCUUAGCCAUGUUGGGCUACUGUAGUUUGGUAGCCGGCCGGGUCGUCGGGGCGUCCGACCCGGAUUUUGUCCCGCUAUAUGUGUUCGGCGGUUCCCGUGGGGACAGCGGAAACAACAAUUACUUGGACACGACGGUGAAGGCCGACUCGCCGCCUUACGGGAUCGAUUCUCCGACCGGCCACCCCACCGGCCGUUUCUCUAAUUACCGCAACCUACCCGAUUUCAUCAGCGUAGCACUGAAACUGCCACAGCCUCCAUUGUCGUACUUGAGUCCACAGCUCACCGGGGAAAGGCUGCUUUACGGUUGCAAUUUCGCUUCCGGCGGAGCGGGGAUCUUGAAUGACACCGGAAUCCGGCAAGGCAACAUAAUAAGGAUCCCCAAGCAGUUGCUAGCCUUCCAGCAAUACAAGAAGAAGCUGGCGGCGGUGGUGGUCGGAGGAACAAAACAGGCUGAGCGACUAGUCAUCAACAAGGGAUUGUUCCUCUUCGCCGUCGGCUCCGCCGAUUUCACCGACAACUACUACUCGCCACCUUUCUCGGCCCGCGCCAGCCAGCACACUGUCCCCGAGUUCGUCGAUCUCCUCGUCUCCGAGCUAUCCAAAUACCUGCUGAGGCUGUACGAUCUGGGGGCUCGCCGGAUGCUGGUGAUUGGGUCGAGCCCGUUUGCGUGCUGGCCGGCGCAGUUGGCAACCAGGGGCGGCGCCGGCGCGGAUGAGUGCGAUCCGGAGCUCCAGAACGCGGCGUCUCUCUUCAACUCCCAGUUGAACCGGAUGGCUCAGCAGCUGAACGAUCGGUUUGGUUACGUUUUCGCCGUUGUUGCCAAUUCCGCUGCGCUGUCCAUCGACAUCCGCAACAAUCCCGGGGCUUACGGGUUUAUCGAGACGAAAAAGGCUUGUUGUGGACAGGGUCCUUAUAACAGGCUAGGGCAAUGCACACCAGCAUCGAAUCUGUGUUCAAACCGAGAUGAAUUUCUGUUUUGGGAUUCCAUCCACACCACAGACAGGGAUACGGGUUUUUUUGCCGAAAGCAUCUUGAGUGGACCUGCACACGUUGUCUUCCCAAUGAACCUCAAUUCCAUGCUGGCCCUCAAACAGGAUAUCUAG